AUGGUCCGCAAGGGCAUCAACAUGAUUCUGGAGUACGAUGAAGUUCAUGAAGAGUUCCCGUUGGCAGAUGAUGUCUUGCAGUCCUUCAUGCGCAAAUACCUGGUCUUUGCUAUCUGCUGGUCGUUUGGUGGCGACAUGUUUCUCAACACACGCAUGAAGUUCUGCGAGAUGUUGGCGGGGCACCUGGGGGACAUUCCGGCUCCGGACGGCCUUGGUGGCGACACUACGCUGCUCGACUUCGAGGUCCGCGUCGAGGAUGGGCAAUGGUACCACUGGGACAAAAGGGUGCCGACCUUGGACAUUGAUCCCGAGAAAGUGGCCGACAGCAGCUUGAUCAUCUCCACGGUCGACACUGUGCGACAUACCUCCACUCUUGCAGCCUGGCUGGAGGAGCGGAAGCCCUUCGUUUUGAGUGGCCCCCCCGGCAGCGGCAAGACAAUGACGUUAAUGUCGACCAUGAAGGCUAUGGCAGGCAGUCUGGAGCUUGCAUCCUUGAACUUCUCGGCGGGUACGACUCCCGACCUGUUGCUGAAGACCUUCGACCUAUACUGUGAGACCGUGAAGACCCCGAACGGCCUCGUAAUGCGUCCUCUGCAAUUGAAUCGCUGGGUCGUGGUCUUUUGCGAUGAGUGCAACCUUCCAGAACAGGACAAGUAUGGUACGCAGAAGGUGAUCAUGUUCAUCCGCCAGAUCACCGAAGCUGGGGGCUUCUAUCGGCCGAGUGACAAGCAGUGGGUCAACGUGGAGCGCGUUCAGUUUCUUGGAGCUUGCAACCCUCCGACGGAUCCGGGUCGCCAUCCGAUGUCUGACCGCUUCCUAAGACACGCUCCUGUGAUCUGGGUGGACUACCCCGGGCCGGACUCCCUGCGCCAGAUCUAUGGCACCUUCAAUCGUGCCAUGCUGAAGCUGCAACCGCAGCUCGACAAGAGUUGCUCCGAGGGGAUGACGAACACAAUGGUGCAGUUCUGGCGGGAAAGCGCGCAGAAGUUCACGUCCGACCAGCAGCCCCACUAUCUCUACUCUCCACGUGAGCUCACUCGUUGGAAGACAGCUCUUUAUGAGUGCAUGCGAUACUGGGAUGGCAUGACUCAGACAAAUCUUAUCCGUCUCUUGGUGCACGAAGGUCUGCGGAUCUUUGUGGACCGUCUGGUGCAUGAGGAGGAGCGACAGUGGAGCGAGGAGCUGCUGGACGAGGUGGUGCAGAGAGAGUUUGGUUGUAGCGCCGACGUGCUCCAGCGUCCAAUUCUAUUCAGCUGUUACCUGGAUGAGCAGCACCGUUAUCGCGAUGAGACGAGAGAAAACCUGCGAGAGUUCGUGAAGGGCAAGCUCAGCAUAUUCUAUGAGGAGGAGCUGGACGUGCGACUGGUUAUCUUCGAUUCCGUGCUGGACCACAUCGUUCGCAUGGACCGGGUCCUGAGGCAGCCCCUUGGGCACCUCCUGCUCGUGGGAGCAUCGGGUGCUGGCAAGACGGUUCUCUCCAAGUUUGUCUCCUGGCUGAAUGGGCUGAGCGUGUACACCUUGAAGAUCGGGCGGAACUACGACGUCCUCGCCUUCGAGGCUGACGUGCGCAUGGUCAUGAAGCGUGCAGGCGUGAAGGGCGAGAAGAUCACCUUCAUCUUCGACGAGUCCAACGCCUUGGGUCCGGCGUUCAUUGAGAGGAUGAACGCGCUCCUGGCCUCGGGGGAAGUGCCGGGACUCUUCGAAGGCGACGAGUACACAGCGCUCAUCCACGAAUGCCGCGGCGCAAACAUCCAGGGCGUCGAUGACGCAGAAAUCUUCGCACGUUUCACGAAGCAAGUCCAGCGCAAUCUGCACAUCGUCUUCACGAUGUAUCUUGUCUGGACAAGCUCCUUGUUCUUCUUGAAGCAG